CUAUAGGUUUGGUUGGCCUGGCCUACCUGACUGGCUGGGCAGGUCUGUGCCCACGCCCGAACCUGCUCGCUGGAGGAGAGAAGUGUCAGUGAACACCUCCCCUGAACGUGUGUGAGAUUAUUGACAGUGCUCACAAUCAGUCAGCCGAAAUCACCAGCACUGCUCAGUGCACCUGCCACCAUACUACAGCUAAACUGACAUUAAUAAGGUGUCUUUUGAGGCAGUUUUUAGAAGUUGACUAGAGGGCCACUAACAAUGUCUAAAGAGGCGGACAGACAGUCAGUUUUGCGGACCACAAAGGUUCGCACUUCUCUAAAAGGAGACAACAGCUGGAUACAGAGACAACAGCAAGAAAAUCUUGAGAGAGAUGAGGAGGAGAAACCAUGGGUCGCCGAAGUGCGAGCAAACCGUUCAAAUGGUGUGUUUGAAGAAACAAUUCCCGUUUCCUCACCCACGGCGAAUGAGCCUCAGCCCAGAGCCGACACAGACAAACCAAAAACAUCUGGAUCUGGUUACAUAAUCAGAGGGGUAUUCAAGAAAACCGAUUCCAAGCCAACAUCAAAUUCAUCCACCAAUGGAUAUGCUGGAAUAAAUAGCUUCAACAAAAAGCCAUCUGAGACCUACAAGAAAAUAGCCCCCCACACAAUUCGGUCCAGCAAUGAAAAGACAGUGCAGUCUGAACCAACUCUGAGUCCAGAUGCAAUGGAAAAGAGGACAGAGGCAGCCAGCAGUGUGCUGAAGGGAUCGGCAGCAAAUCGCCGUUCAUAUGUAAUGUCGGCUGCACAGAAAUAUGAACCUUCAGAGAAGCCUGACAGCUCUGCUGAGAUGGGCAUUUCCGUUGUUGCAAAAAGGGUAGAUAUCAGUGAUGAUGAUGAUGACACUACAGCAUCUGUUAAGUCUGUACCUGUGCAAAGUGUAAAAUCAAACAAUGAGCCAGUGGUGAAGGAGGUCAAGCCAGCAGCACCUGAAAUUAAAUAUGAACCUAAGCCAGUGAUUGAAACUAAACCAAAAACACAAACUAAAAUAACAACUGAAGCUAAUGCCACAUCAGAAUCUAAACCAGUGCUAGAAAAUACAACACAGCCUAAAACAGCGUCUGAGCCUAAACCAGCUUCGCAACCUAAACCAGCAACUGAAACUGCAACAGUGGCUGAAACCAAGCCUACAGCACAAACUAAAACAGUAACUGAACCUAAACCCACAUCAGAACCUAAAGCGGCUGAAACUAAACCUACAACAAAAACUGAACCUAAACCAGUACUUGAAACUAAAACAGCAACUGAAACUAAAACUGAUCCUAAACCUACAACACAAACUACAACAGCAACUGAUCCUAAACCCACAUCAGAACCUAAAGCGGCUGAAACUAAACCUACAACAAAAACUGAACCUAAACCAGUAAUUGAAACUAAAACAGCAACUGAAACUAAAACUGAACCUAAGCCUACAGCACAAACUAAAACAGUAACUGAACCUAAACCCACAUCAGAACCUAAAGCGGCUGAAACUAAACCUACAACAAAAACUGAACCUAAACCAGUACUUGAAACUAAAACAGCAACUGAAACUAAAACUGAUCCUAAACCUACAACACAAACUACAACAGCAACUGAUCCUAAACCCACAUCAGAACCUAAAGCGGCUGAAACUAAACCUACAACAAAAACUGAACCUAAACCAGUAAUUGAAACUAAAACAGCAACUGAAACUAAAACUGAACCUAAACCUACAACACAAACUACAUCAGCAACUGAUCCUAAACCCACAUCAGAACCUAAAGCGGCUGAAACUAAACCUACAACAAAAACUGAACCUAAACCAGUAAUUGAAACUAAAACAGCAACUGAAACUAAAACUGAACCUAAACCUACAACACAAACUACAUCAGCAACUGAUCCUAAACCCACAUCAGAACCUAAAGUGGCUGAAACUAAACCUACAACAAAAACUGAACCUAAACCAGUAAUUGAAACUAAAACAGCAACUGAAACUAAAACUGAACCUAAACCUACAACACAAACUACAUCAGCAACUGAUCCUAAACCCACAUCAGAACCUAAAGCGGCUGAAACUAAACCUACAACAAAAACUGAACCUAAACCAGUACUUGAAACUAAAACAGCAACAGCAACUGAAACUAAAACUGAACCUAAACCUACAACACAAACUACAUCAGCAACUGAUCCUAAACCCACAUCAGAAACUAAACCUGUUGAAACUAAACCUACAACAAAAACUGAACCUAAACCAGUACUUGAAACUAAAACAGCAACAGCAACUGAAACUAAAACUGAACCUAAACCUACAACACAAACUACAACCGCAACUGAUCCUAAACCCACAUCAGAACCUAAACCUGUUGAAACUAAACCUACAACAAAAACUGAACCUAAACCAGUACUUGAAACUAAAACAGCAACAGCAACUGAAACUAAAACUGAACCUAAACCUACAACACAAACUACAACCGCAACUGAUCCUAAACCCACAUCAGAACCUAAACCAGCUGAAACUAAACCUACAACACAAACUACAACAGCAACUGAAACUAAAACUGAACCUAAACCAGCUGAAACUAAACCUACAGCAACUGAAUCUAAACCAGCAAUUGAAACUAAAACAGUAACAGAAACUAAAACAGAAACUAAACCUACAGCACAAACUACAACAACAACUGAAUCUAAGCUAGAGGUGGAAACUAAAUCUACAACAAAGACUACAAUAGCAAGUGAUCCUAAACCCACAUCAGAGUCUAAAGCAGUUGAACCUAAACCUACAACAACAGCUGAACCUAAACCAGCAGCUGAAACUAAACCUACAACACAAACUAAAACAGCAACCGAUCCUAAACCCACAUCAGAACCUAAACCAGAACCUGGAGCUAAAUCUACAGCUCAGCUGAAACCAGCACCUGAAUCCAAGCCUGAACCAGUUCCAGAGAAAAGCCUGUCUGACACCCUGAUAUCCUUCAGCACAAAGCCUGCCAGUUCUGGCCAAGCGGAUUCAGGGGUAGAUCUUCUCAGUCAGGAUCUGCUGACAGACAACAGUUCUCUGCCUCAGACAAACAAGACACAUAAAAGUCUGGACCUGCUUGCAGAUGAUCUUAUUCCCUUCAAUACCACCGGAACCAGCACUGACUACACCUACACCCGGAGGACCCUGCUUGAAGAUUUGAAGAGCUCAGAUGAUGAUUUUGAUCCAAUACCAAUAUCGAGUGAGCCCACAAAGAGUCCUCGGUGGUACAGUCCUCCUAAACCGGACUCAAGUUCCACAGAUACAUUCAAUGACUUUCAGCAUCCUGUGGAUUUGGUUGCUGAUAUGCCACCAGAAAUUUUGGUUUCCUUGGCUGAAGAUGUCAAUCCAAUUGAUACUAAGAGCUACUGGAAGACAGACAUGGACAGUUACAAAACCAACACCAAAACAGUGGAGAGUUCUCUCCAGGAGAAUUUACCAGAAUCUGAAUCCAAGAAGAACUUUGUCUAUGUUAAGGAGUAUGUGAAUAACUCAUGUCUCGAUGGCAGCAGCUCUGACUAUGUGUCAUCAACAACCUCCAACUACAACUACAGCAGCCCCAGUGAUGUGACUUCCUGUACGUACUGUGGAGAAUUGGUGGGAAAUGAUGCCAAAAUCACCAUUGAGCACCUGAACAUAUCCUGUCACCCAUCUUGCUUUAAGUGUGGUAUUUGCAGUAAACCAAUGGGAGAUUUUCUCUACAACAUGUUUCUCCAUCGUGGGACGGUCCAUUGUGAGAGCUGCUAUUCCAAUGUGCUAUAAGGAGAUCUUCUUACACUGCCUGAAAUAUCCCUCAACAGUAUAGCUAACCUGCUUAUUUGAAUAGGAUUUAGACUUUUUACUGACACACAACACAUUCUUUUUUAUUUUUCCCCACUGAUCGUACCGCUGACGUAGUGCAGCUGAGCAGAAUACCUUCUUAAUAUCAUAAAAAGGUUUUCUUGUGUUAUGAAUGCUUGUUGCAGUGCAUCUAGGAUUUUUUUUUUCGAUUCUGUCCCUUUAAAUGUUUAGUCAAGACAAUAAGAAUGUAUAUCUUUGUUGUAUUUAAUCAUCAGAAACCAUUUUAAAGAAAUUAUGACUGUUUUAGUAGCACUGUUAUGAAAAUAUGUAUCCUGCAUCGAUAUUCAAUUAAAGCAAAAUUCUCACUGAA